AUGUCGACCGUUAUCCUGGGAGGAGGCAUCAUUGGAGCCUCAAUUGGUUACUAUUUAUCUGCCAAUCAGCCAGAAGGCGAGAUUCAUAUCAUUGAACAAUCUCCAGAGCUGUUCACAUCAGCCUCGGGAUAUGCUGCUGGUUUCCUAGCUAGAGAUUGGUUCGAGCCGUCUCUCGCCCCUCUUGCUGCUCUGUCUUUUGACAUGCACCAUGAGCUCGCCGCCACGCGGGAUGGAAACAAGAAGUGGGGAUUUAUGAAAGGAACAGCAUACAAUUUGGAUACCGUUGCCCAGCGCAAGCGAGGUGGUCCCCGCGGUGACGAUUGGUUGCGAACCGGGACCAGUAGAGCAGAGACUGCAUCCGGAUCCGAAGAUACUGCUCCGGUUCAAUUUCCGGAGUGGUUAACGAAGCAGAAAGAAGGGAUUCUAGAGAAGAUCAGCCAGGAAGGAACCGUGGCCCAGGCGGAUCCGUUGCGGCUGAGCCAAUUCCUUAUGGAUGAUGCUAUCUCCCGUGGCGUCAAGCUUCAUAACCCAUCCCAGGCCACGGCAGUGAUCAAGGAUGGGAAUGGCAUGAUUACGGGUGUCAAGAUUGUGUCCUUGGAUUCCAACAAGGAGUCGAUAAUCCCAUGUACCAACCUUGUCCUGAGUGUCGGAUCGUGGACCCCACAGGUACUCAGGGACCUGUUCCCUUCCUCUCGGGUAUCAUUCGAUAUCUCACCCUUGGCUGGUUAUUCGCUGGUCGUUCGCUCCCCUCGGUAUACGAUGGAGCACGAGAGAAAUGUGCACGGCGAAAGGAGCGAUGCGGUAUUCACAACACACCCUCCGUCAUGCGGUUUCAGCCCCGAGAUCUUCCUCAGGGAGGGUGGUGAGAUUUAUAUUGCCGGCCUCAACAACACCACGAUGAAACUUCCCUCUUGUGUCGCAGAUACCAAGCAUCUUUUUGACCCUGCCGAGAUGCAAAAACUCAAAGAUGUCGCAGUUCGUUUGAUGGGAGAGCCCCCCAAGGGUACGACCGAGGCUACUGAUGAUGCAGUCAACACAGACGACCUAGAGAUUGUUCGUGAAGGCCUAUGCUUCCGUCCAGUAGGAACUACUGGUGUCCCAACAAUAGGCCGAGUCGAGGACCACUCUUUGGGAGGAGUACGAGCAAGCCCCAAGGGAGGUGUUUUCAUAGCGUCUGGACAUGGACCUUGGGGGAUCUCUCUGAGCCUGGGAACUGGAAAGAUUGUUUCUGAGAUGAUUAAGAAGCAAAAGCUGUCAGUGGAUGUAAGCGGAUUGGCAGUUCAGGACAAAGGUCCUAGCUCUAAACUGUGA